AUGCCUCCAAACGAGCCCAUUGCCAUUGUGGGAAGUGCAUGCCGGUUUCCAGGCGACGUUAACAACCCCUCAAAGUUAUGGGAACUUUUAAAAGAACCCAGAGACUUACAAACUGAGGUACCCAAAGACAGGUUCAACAUUGACGCGUUUUAUCACCCUGACGGCUCUCAUCAUGGCCGAACGAAUGCGCGUCACGGAUAUUUCUUGAAGGACUCGCCUCAGACCUUUGAUGCUUCUUUCUUCAAUAUUCAAGCUGGAGAGGCAGAGAGUAUAGAUCCACAACAACGGUUGCUACUAGAAGUCACUUAUGAUGCCGUUUCAGCCGCUGGAUACGGCUUGCAUGACCUUCGCAACUCCAACACAGCAGUAUAUGUCGGCAUCAUGACCCAUGACUUUGAACUCCUCAAAGUAAAUGACACGAACCACAACCCCACGUACUUUGCAACAGGUGCUGCCACCAGCAUCGCGUCAAACCGCCUGUCUUAUUUCUUUGACUGGCACGGCCCUAGUAUGACUGUUGAUACGGCAUGUAGUUCUUCACUUGUUGCUGUGCACCUUGCUGUGCAGCAAUUGAGGAGUGGAUUGAGCAAGACAGCAAUAGCUGCGGGUUCCAACUUGAUUUUGUCACCAAUGAACUACAUUACAGAGAGCAAGCUGAAUAUGCUCUCGCCCACCGGUAGAUCUCGCAUGUGGGACAAUGCGGCCGAUGGUUAUGCCAGAGGUGAAGGUGUCGCAACAGUGGUACUUAAAACUCUCAGCCAAGCACUACGUGAUGGGGAUGCCAUUGAGUGUAUUAUUCGUGAGACGGGCGUCAAUCAGGAUGGGAAAACGACGGGCAUCACAAUGCCGAGCCACGUAGCUCAAGAAGCUCUAAUUCGCGAUACCUAUGCCCGAGCAGGUCUCGAUCUCUCAAAAGCAGAAGAUCGUUGCCAAUUCUUCGAAGCGCACGGAACUGGUACACCUGCAGGUGACCCUCAGGAAGCUGAGGCGAUUGCAAGCGCAUUUUUUAGUAAAGAAGAUGGAACGACUCAUACAAAAAGCGAUACCCUGUUUGUUGGUAGUCUCAAGACAGUCAUUGGACACACUGAGGGAACUGCUGGCAUUGCUGGCCUGUUGAAGGCAUCUCUUGCUCUACAACACAGGAUGAUUCCUCCAAACAUGCUUUUUGACAACCUUAGUGCAAAAGUAGCACCUUUCUAUCAGCACUUGAGGAUCACCACAGAAGCCCAGCCAUGGCCGAAGAUUGAACCAGGCCAGCCGCGCAGAGCGAGCGUCAACUCUUUCGGAUUUGGCGGUACAAAUGCGCAUGCCAUUGUUGAGGAAUAUAGCCCGAGCAGCGAUGUAGCGAUCAUGGAAACAACCCGCAGUUCAUCUCAUAGCUCCGUCGCCUACGCCUUGCCAUUAGUGUUGUCAGCCAAGUCAGAACGCUCGCUUAAAGCUUUAUUGAAGAACAUAACUCAUUUCAUCAAAUCCAAACCAGAUGUCAACAUGCUGGACCUUAUCUGGACAAUGCUCGUCAAGCCAUCUGUCCUUCCAUAUCGCCAAGCAAUUACGGGCUCGUCCAUGGAAACUCUUUUACAUGCACUGGAAGCUGCAAUUGAAGGGCCUGUCGAAUCAACGGCCAAUUUACGUUGCUUCGCAAGCUCAAAGGAAAAGCCUCGUCUCCUGAGUGUAUUCACUGGACAGGGUGCUCAGUGGCCGGGCAUGUUGAAAGAGCUCAUCCUGGCUAUCCCUUACGUCCGCGAUGUCAUAGUUGAACUCGACAACGCGCUCCAGGCUCUACCAUCUCAGUAUAGGCCUGAUUGGACUUUAACUGAACAGUUUAUGCUAGAAGGCGAGGAUUCUAACGUUACUAAAGCUGACUUCGCCCAGCCGCUUUGUUGCGCAGCUCAGAUUGUCCUGGUACGACUGCUAACCGCUGCUGGUGUGGAGUUCACAACAGUUAUCGGGCAUAGCUCAGGUGAGAUUGCUUGCGCUUUUGCCGGGGGGUUCAUUAGUGCCUCACAAGCAAUCCGGAUUGCUUAUCUCCGUGGAUUCGUUUCCAAGCAUGCUUCAUCUCCAAGCGGCGAAGACGGAGCUAUGUUGGCUGCAGGGACGUCACUUGAAGAUGCUCAGGAGCUCUGCAGCUUGGAGAUGUUUGAGGGCCGCAUAUGUGUCGCAGCUAGCAAUUCUCCUGAUAGCACCACACUUUCAGGCGAUGCAGAUGCCAUCACUGAGAUGAAGGCUAUCCUUGAGGAUGAGUCUAAGUUCGCCAGGAUGCUAAAAGUCGAUAAAGCAUAUCACUCUCAUCACAUGCUUCCUUGCUCAUCACACUACGUCAAAGCCUUGAAGGAUUGCGGUUGCGAGUUUGGCGAUGGUGCCGGAUCUUCAGCCGUAUGGUACUCUUCCGUCCAUCAAAAUAAGCAAAUGAGUGCAGCCGACGUCACCGCUCAGUACUGGAACGACAAUUUGGUGUCUCCUGUACGAUUCAUGCAGGCUGCUGAGUCUGCAGCCAUCAACCAUGAUACGCUUGAUGCCGCCAUUGAAGUGGGUUGUCAUCCAGCUCUCAAGGCUCCGUGCCUCACCACCUUGAAGACUGUCAUUUCCAAAGACGUCCCCUAUACUGGCUGUAUGCAACGAGGCUCCAAUGACGUGGAAGCUUUUGCCAGCGCCCUCGGCUAUCUUUGGGAGUCAUUAGAUCUGGGCGCUUUUGACCCUACACGGCUCAUAUCUGAGGUUCUUUCGCCCGAGGAAGCCCCGCGAAGCUUGGCCAAGGAACUCCCACAAUAUCCAUGGGACCAUAUUCGAAACCACUGGACCGAGACACGUGUAAUCCAUAGCCACCUUCAUGGCCCUAGACCUCAUCUUCUCUUGGGUGCGCUAUCAUCAUCAAGUACGGCUUCAACUUUGCAAUGGCACAACACCAUCAGACCUCGGGAUCAUGAGUGGUUACAGGGUCACUCACUCCAGGGUCAGGCUGUUUUUCCAGCCGCAGGUUAUAUUGUUAUGGCCAUGGAGGCAGCAAUGCAGGCUUCUGCAGAGCAUUCCGUGAAGCUUGUGGAGGUUUGCAACUUGAGCAUCGACAAAGCUGUAACAUUUGAGGAUGAAAGCAGCCCUGCAGAGUUAAUUCUUACAGCAGGAAUUCGUCGUGCUGAUCCGGCCCAGUCGAGACAAAUCACUUUAGACUUCACUAUUGACUCUUGUCUUGCUAAAGAGUCUAAACCUUCAACGUCUGCCAAGGGUCAAAUUGUCGUCACUCUUGGAGAGGUUGUGCCAGACGAACAUGUCCUACCACCUGCCCAAUCGGAACCCCCUCAUGCGACUAGCAUCAACAUGAAAAACUUCUACCUUGAGCUUGACGAGCUUGGUUUCGAUUACAGCAAGGACUACCGCUGCAUAUACACCUUGGCGAGGGCUGAUGCUAAGGCCGCCGGUACCAUGGCUUUCCCCACGCUGCACGACGGGCCUCGUCCCAUUGUCUUGCAUCCGGCAUCCAUGGACCUCGCGUUUCAGACCAUAAUGGGAGCAUACUCGGCCCCUGGUGACAAGCGCUUAAGAUCCAUUUACGUGCCUGUUCAUAUUGAUCGGAUUACACUCGUCCCUGCGCUCUGUGCCGCAGCACUUGAAUCCGGGUCUCCAGAACACGCUGUGCGGUUCAAUACUACAAACACCUACGACAAGGGUGACGUGCUAGCCGGAGAUGUAACAGUAUCUUCUGCCAUUGACAAUAACCAAGUUCUCUAUCGCGUUGAGAACCUUCUCCUAAAGCCAUUAUCCAAACCGUCAGCGUCAGAGGAUCAUCGUGCAUUUACUAAGACGGUCUGGGGGCCAUUGAAGCCGAAAAAGCUUUUGGACAACCCCGACCUGUGGGCUACCGAACAGGACAAGGAAGUAAUUCCAGUGAUCGAACGCGUCUGUUAUUUCUUCAUGAAGGACUUCGUAGGGCAGCUUACUGAAGAGGACCGUGCCAAUGCUACCGGACCUCAUCAGAGAUAUAUCUACUGGAACGAGCACGUUUCCUCCAAGGUAAAAGAGGGAACGUGGCACGAAUGGUAUGACCCAGCCUGGGAGAACGAUACUCGCGAGCAGAUUGAAAACCUUUGUGCAGAACACUGGUAUCACCCACAUAUCAAGAUGGCUAAGCGAGUGAGCGAGAACUCACUGGCAACAAUACGCGAGAACAUUAACCCCUUUCUUUGGAUGGACAACGAUGGGUUGCUGGAGGAGUUCUACCAGAGCUAUCUCACCAGUGGCCCAGGCUGGCUGUAUGGACAAGAUCUUGUCGGCCAGAUCUGUCAUCGUUAUCAGAACAUGGAUAUUCUUGAGAUAGGUGGUGGCACCGGCUCGGCAACAAAGUACAUCUUGGACAUCCCGCAACUAGGUUUCAACAGCUAUACCUUCACAGACAUCUCCCCUGCCUUUUUCGAAAAGGCACAAGAGCAUUUCUCAAAACACGAAGACCGCAUGAUCUACCAGAAGCUGGACAUCACACGGAGCCCUCAAGAACAAGGCUUCAAGCCUCACUCAUACGACAUGGUCGUUGCCUCGUCCGUCCUCCACGCCACCCCAAAGCUGGCGGAGACCAUGGCUAACGUCCGCUCACUGCUGAAACCUGGCGGUCAUGUCGUUCUGCUGGAAGCUACUCACCGAGACCACACCCGCGUCGGUUACCUCUUUGGCCUAUUCCCAGACUGGUGGGCUGGCAUCGAUGAAGGUCGAGAUUUAGACCCCUUCGCUGAUAUUGAGCAAUGGAACGCCAUUUUCAAGCAGACUGGUUUCUCUGGUGUCGACACGCGUACUUUAGAUCGCCACGGCAAUCUGUUUCCCAACACUCUCUUUUGUACGCACGCAGUCAACACAAAGAUGGCACGACUGGACGCACCGCUAUCCGCGCCCUUAGAAUCGUCUCCGCCGCUGGUUAUCGUUGGUGGCGGCUCUGAGAAAUCAUGUCGUAUUCUCAAAGAGAUUAGCACGACCUUGUCUCGCCGCGAGACCGUUCACGUGCCCCGCUUAGAGGAUCUACUUACCACUUCCAUUGCCCCUAGAUCAACUUUCCUUGUCCUCUCCGAGCUCGACCGCGAGACUUUCUCGGAUAUCGACGAGACUAGGUUCAGCGCAGUCAAGUCCCUUCAUAGCCUCGCUGGUCACGUUCUCUGGCUGACUGAAAAUGCGAUUACUGAAAAUCCCUACCAGGCUAUGAGCAUUGCAUUCCUUCGGUCAACACGGCUUGAGUACCCAUCCAUCUACAUCCAGUCUCUGGAUGUCGAUGACGCCCAGCAUCUAGACAUCACUUUCCUAGCCGAACUAUUGCUACGCUUGGAGCAGUCCUCUGGUGCGAAGGAUGAAAUCCUCUGGACCUUGGAGCCAGAAAUCUACAUCUCCAAGUCUGAAGCUUAUAUACCUCGUAUCAAGCAUGAUGUGGACCGCAAUAACCGCAUCCUCUCGAAGCGCCGCGCGAUUGAGACCGCCGUGGACGUACACAAGACUCCAGUCGCUCUCAAAACUUCGAACCACCACCAUUAUCUAGAGUUGUGUGACACUCUGUCUCCUCUCGGAACAGGGUCCCCUGGCUUAACCCAGAUACAUGUUGAGGUCGACGUCGCCCUCGCUAACGCCAUUCGAGUGGGCGAUAUUGGAUUCUGGCAUCUUUUGCAAGGCACAGUUGCCAGCACCGGCAAAUCAGUCAUUGCACUCUCGGAUACGAACGCUUCAAUUGUUGACGUCCACCCCAGCCUUGCCUUUGAUGUAGCAGAAACCGGUAACACAACUGAGAAGUCCUCUAUGUUAGUAGCAGUUGCCGGAAACCUUAUCGCACAAAAGAUUGUUUCCCUCCUAUCUCAUGGUGCAUCAAUUCUCGUCAUGGAGCCGCCUAACUUGUGCGCGGAUGCCAUCUUGGAUGCAGCGAAGAGCAAGAAUAUCACAGUAUACUUCGCAACGGCACAGCCCUCUUCAUCAAGGACGGCUUCAUGGAUUUACCUACAUCCAUACGAAACGGACGGUAGCAUUUCCAAAGCGCUUCCGAUGAAACUUGCGGCAUUUUUCGACUUUUCAAGUAAAGAAAGCGCCAGCGCCGGCUUGAGUUCUCGUGUUACGAGCCAUCUACCGCCAGGAUGUCUCGUAUUGGGUCUUGAACACUUCGUCCAACCCUCCGCCUCCCCCAUCAAUGUAAAAACGGGGGCUUCACAAAACGAAUUCAUUCAAAACGCUGUAUUAAUGGCAGUUACAAAACCUCUUGCUGAGAGCCAAGGUGGUGCAUCGAUCAUGAGAUCGGUCAGCGAUAUCAAAGACCUCCAAGAACUCUCCACGAACCUUUCCACUGUCAACUGGAGAUCUGAAAGUUGUGUGCCAGCCCGGGUGCGUGCCAUCGAUUCUGGAAAGCUCUUUGUUCAGGACAAAACUUAUCUCCUCCUCGGGCUUGCCGGGUCUCUCGGUCGAUCACUGGCCCGUUGGCUGGUUAAACACGGUGCUCGCCACGUCGUGAUCUCUAGCCGCAACCCUGAGAUCCGUGAUCCGAAGUGGAUGGGAGAAAUUCAGGAGCUGGGAGGCAAGGUCACGGUUAUGUCCAUUGACGUCUCCAAAGAAGCAUCAAUCAAAGAAAACCUCGCCCAAAUUCGAGAAACGCUUCCUCCUAUAGCCGGCAUUGCGUACGGACCAUUGGUUCUGCACGACGCACUUCUUUCCAACAUGGACCUUUCCAUUAUGAAUGUGCCUGUAAACUCCAAAGUAAUUGGAGCCAAAACUCUCCACGAGCAUUUCUCGAACCAAGUGGACAAUCCUCUUGACUUCUUUGUAAUGUUCUCAUCCGUCGCUACAGUGGGAGGUAACCCAGGUCAAGCAAACUACACCGCCGCAAACGCGUACCUCCAAGCCCUUGCCCAGAAGCGCCACGCUCAGGGCCUGCCUGCAUCGACAAUCCACAUCGGCGCCGUCAUCGGAGUGGGAUACCUCGCGAGAACGCAGCGCGAGGAGGAGUUCAAGCUCGCGUCCGAUACAGACACAAUCUCGGAGGACGAAUUCCUUACUCUCUUUGGAGAGGCCGUCGUCUCUGGACGAAAGACCUCAGGGUCUGGAUCGGCUGACAUUACCGAUACGUCCAACAUUGAGAUCAUUACUGGCAUUCCCGAGUUCAGCUCACGCCACAAGGACACGAUCAAAUUUUACGAGGAUCCUCGCUUCGGAAACCUCAGGGUUGCUGAGAUUCACCUUCUGAGGGCGAAGACCUUGGAUGAAGUCCGAGACAUUAUUAUCGAUGGUCUCUCGCAGAAGAUGCGCGGCAUUCUACAUAUUCCUACUGAUGAACAGGUCGACGCCACGGCUCCUCUUAUCGACCAAGGUGUCGACUCCCUAGGUGCCAUCACUGUCGGAUCAUGGUUCUCCAAAACGCUCAUGAUUGAGAUUCCGCUUUUGAGAGUCGUUAGCGGGGCUUCAAUUUCUGAACUUGCCGAAGAGGCAGCAGGACGUUUGCCACGAGCCGCCAUUCCUCUAGUCGCAUCCGAGGACGGAGCAAUUAUCACCAGCGACGAGGAUGACACAGGCAGCAGCAGAGAUUCGCAACUCGACGCAUCCAACAACACCUCCAUUUCUGACCUGAACGCUGAGGACAGUGUCAAGGAUGGUAACGGUAACACGGCUAACCCUCGUGAACUUCCAUUGUCCCUCAACCAGGAAUACUCGUGGAAGCUCCUUCAGCAGCUCUCGGACGACCCAACCAUAUUCCACAACACAAUCGGUGUUUUCAUGAAGGGUUCGGUCGAUCUAGACCGACUACAAAGCGCCUUGUGCUCAUCUCUGCAACGCCAUGAAAUCUUCCGCACAGCAUUUCCCCCAACAGGUGUCCAGCAAAUCUUGGCAACUGCGUCGUCAAACGUGAAAUUUUUCCAAGUCGCCGAUCGAACCGCAGCAGAAGAAGCGUACAAGAAGCUUGAGAAGGAGGAGUAUGACCUUGCCGCUGGCGAAACGCUCAAGCUCGUUGACUUCUACUGGGGCCAAGACGAGCACUUGUUCGUGGUGGGCUACCACCGUCUGGUCGGGGACGGUUCUACGACACAAAACUUCCUAGAUGAAGUCGGUAAGGUCUACGACGGUGUUUGGCUGUCGGCGGCGCCGCAGUACUCCAACUUUGCCAUCCGGCAGCGCUCCGAGGUCGAAAGCUUCCAGAUGGAGGCCGACAUCGCGUACUGGACAUCCAUGUACGCCUCCAUCCCGGCGGUGCUCCCUGUCCUCUCUCUUCCCCAGGCCCGAAAAGCCCGUAGCCCGGACUGCCCCGUACUCUGGGAGCAACAAGUCGGCAUGCUCCGCCUCGGCGCGGUCCUCGCAUUCCGCAUCCGCGAGCGCUGCAAGAAGUUGAAAGGUGUAACGCCGAUGCAUUUCUAUCUCGCCGCGUACCGUCUCCUACUAUCGCGUCUCUCCAAAGCCUCCGAUGUCGCCAUCGGAAUCGCCGACACCAACCGGUCUAGCAUCCAAGACAUCUCGACCAUGGGCUUCUUUGCCAACCUCCUACCCGUGAGAAUGGAUGCCUACGAGCCGGGACAGACCUUCGCCGACGAGCUAAUGGCCGUCAAAGAACGCGUGCGGCAGGCGAUGCAGCAUUCUCGGGUACCUUAUGGCGUUACACUCGACCGCUUAGGUCUUUGUAAAUCGGCCAGGCAGUUGGAGCACGCGCCCCUGUUCCAGGCUGUCUUUGACUACAGACAAGGCGCCGCAGAGACCGGACGGCUGGGCGAUGCAUCGUUCACCGAGAUCUGGGCUUCGCGAGAGCGGACACCGCAUGAUGUCGUUCUGGAAAUGUCCGACGACCCGGCGAAGGAUCCCCUCGUCACGGUCAAAUUGCAGAGCUACCUGUACGGCAAGGAUGAUCCCAAGGCAUUCUUGGAUGCUUACGAGAAGCUCCUGACCACCCUGUCCGAAAACGUCAAGUUGCGCUGUCAGGAAUAG